AUGACACACCAGCACUCCAGUGUGUCUGCUGCAGGACUUUUGAAGAAAGUCAUCGCGCUGCCUUUCAGCGUAGCAGGCUAUUUGGCGUUCGAGCCGGUUACGACCGGAUUGCUCCUAUACGGCUUGACCAAGGCCCCAAGCCAGAUUCGCGAUCAGCUGCUCAGGCCGUUACAGGGAUCUGGUCUGCCACUGGAUCGUCUUGUUACACCACUCAAGUAUCUCUUUGCUAUUGGCAUUGCUCGCAGAAUACACCAUGUGCUGGACCGCCUUGCGCUCAACUACUGGCAUAUAAAACGUCAUGGCGAGCCCUGGAGAUUCGGCGACGAGAAGCUGAGCGAGCUGAUCCUCAUCACGGGGGGAUGCUCAGGCUUUGGUGCUCUCAUGACCAAGGGCUUUGCUGGCAAGGCGCGCGUGGUUGUCGUUGACGUAUCUGAGCUGCCAGAAGAUCUGGCCAAGCUUCCAGGAGUGUAUUAUUACAAAUGUAACAUUACCGAUGCCUCUGAAGUUGCAUCUGUAGCUGCAACCAUUCGUCAGAAUCACGGCAAUCCCAGUGUACUCAUCAACAAUGCUGGUCUUGGGAUCGGUGCUACUGUCUUGGAAUCUUCUGUACAACGAGUGGAGAAGAUCUUCGCAACCAAUCUAGUCUCCCACUUCGUUUUGAUCAAAGAGUUCCUCCCCGCCAUGCUCGAGGCAAGAAAAGGGCAUAUCGUUACUAUGGGCUCUAUAGCUAGCUUCCUUUCUAUGCCUGGCAUUGUUCAUUACUGCUGCACCAAGACAGCUGUCAACUACCUCAAUGACGGUCUUCGAUCUGAGCUGUUGACGCGGUACAGGAACGGGCACACAAUCUGCAUGACCAGUGUUCACCCAACCUUCCACGACACGCCUAUGAUCAAGAGUUUCCGCAGCGGAUCAAACAGGAGUGGCUUCGCCAUCUAUCCUGCAGAGGGUACGACGAACAGAGUAGUUGAGCAUGUCCUUCAAGGAAAGAGCGGUAAAUUAUACAUCCCCGAAUCAUACUAUUGGGUAUCUUUUCUCAAGAUGCUGCCGACGUGGUUCACGGACGUGCUUACCGGCCAUCUAAAGCAGAGUUUGACUGGGGAGAGGAGGGAUAGUUGA